CGCGGUAACGGCUUCACCAACCGCUACGUGCAUCACCUUUAGUGUUAGUGCAUCAGAAUUACCGGAGAAACGAUGCGACUCUACGGAAACCUGGCGAUGUUUCUGCUGCUCGCCUGGCUCGCGCCCAGAGACUCGUCCUGUCGUGGAAAAGGCAAAGGAAGGAAUCAAGAUGGAACAGAGCACGGAGUCGUCAUCAAGGGGAAAUUCACCGGACACGCCAAAGCGCGAUGCACGUGGACAGCGAGCGGAGAUAAACAGUACACGCUGAAAGUCACGUGCGUUGGGGUGAACCAGGGGAAUCCUGUGAGUGUCACGUGCGAGUACACCGGCGAGCCCGCGCUCUGCCCCUCCUUCAUCACCAAACCCAACGCCUUUUGGAAACAGAUGUCUCGCGCACUCCAGCAGCAGAAGCAGCACCUGUGCAGGGACGCUCGCGGGACCGUCAAAGCGCGCACGUGCAAAAACGGGCCCAAGGGCGCUCACUUCAAGCUCGUUAGCGCAAUAAAGGAAAUCGCCACGACGACGCCGGCGGUGAGAAGUGGAUUGUCGGAGGACGCGAGCACGACGGAGUGCACGCGACGCGCCGAUCACCGACAGCUCGCGCAGGAAAAGUGCGGAAGCGACUGGGCGAAUUUCUGCAACUUUCUAUUCCAUAUGGUCCAGAGUAGAGACUGCUGAGUGUCCACAUCACGUGUGUUUAAACAUCACAUCUGUUUAGUGCCGAAUGGCCCUCUGAGCAACAUAUUUAACUUUUUUUUUUUUUUAAAGAACUACAGCUUUUAUACAAAAAAUAAAUAAAUAAAAAAGUUACUUAGGAUAAGGUUGUGGUUAGAUUUGGUAUAGUUAUAGCAACGUGUAUGUGUGAGUGUGUGUAUGUGUGAGUGAAUGUGUGACUGUGUGUGUGUGUGAGACGGUGUGUAUGUGUGAGUGAGUGUGUGACGGUGUGUAUGUGUGAGUGAGUGUGUGACGGUGUGUGUGUGUGAGUGAGUGUGUGACGGUGUGUAUGUGUGAGUGAAUGUGUGACUGUGUGUGUGUGUGAGUGAGUGUGUGACGGUGUGUGUGAGUGAAUGUGUGACGGUGUGUGUGUGUGUGAGUGAAUGUGUGACUGUGUGUGUGUGUGUGUGAGUGAGUGUGUGACGGUGUGUAUGUGGGAGUGAGUGUGUGACGGUGUGUAUGUGUGAGUGAGUGUGUGACGGUGUGUAUGUGUGAGUGAGUGUGUGACGGUGUGUGAGUGUGUGUGUAAUGGUGUGUAUGUGUGAGCGAGUGAGUGACUGUGUGUAUGUGUGACUGUGUGUAUGUGUGAGUGAGUGUGUGACUGUGUGUAUGUGUGAGUGAGUGUGUGACGGUGUGUAUGUGUGUGAGUGAGUGUGUGUGUGUGUGUGUGUGUGUGUGUAUGUAUUGUUGGGGACCAAAUAUAGGUACCUACAAUGAAUAUCUGACCAUGCUGAUCUUUUGUGGACGUUUUUUUUAUUAUUUUAUUUUAUUUUUUUAUUCUCCAUGAAGUAAACAGAUUUUUCUAUGAAACAAAACUAUGGCUUUUAUCUAAAAACAUAAAUAAUAAAUAAACAAAAGAGUUUGGUUUAAGUUUAUAUAUUGUUUCAUUUAUCUUUUUCCUAUAACUGGAUUUGACCUUUUUGAGUCCUUCAAUAAAACAAAACCUGAAUCGUU